AUGGGACACUUAACAUAUAUAUCGCAGUUGGAUAUUUUCAGAAAAGCAUCGAAGAGGAAAGACAUCGCAGAUGCAAAAGAUGCUGUGAAAAAACUUAUUUUAAAGAUUUCAUCCUUUGCCGUGAUUCCAAACUAUGAAAUCAUCUUUUUCGCUUGUGAGAUAUUUGAAGUUGUCAACAUUAUUGACUUUUGGGAUGACAAAAUAUCACUGAGCACUAUCAUUGAGAAAUUGGAAGAGUUUGUAAUAGGCGACAAAGCGACUGCUGCAACAGAUCUGAACCUCGUCUUUAAGACCUUCAUGGAGCGAAUGACUCUUAUAAAGCUGCGGGUGGGAGAGGAGGCUUUUAAGGAACAUUAUCACACCCUAAUCGUUUUUACAGAUGGUGGUUAUAAUAGGGGCGGUUCACCAGCACCCACUGUGGCAAAAAUAAAGAACAUGGUUUACAAGAGCCACACUAGUGAAGGGGAGACUCACUGGAGAGAACAAUAUCUUGACAUUUAUAUGUUUGCCAUUGGAGCUGACAUCUUUGAUGAUGACCUGCAGCCCCUCACAGCUGGGACCGGUGGCAAACAUUACUUCAGACUGAAAGACAUUGAAAAUCUACAAGAGACCUUUGAUGAGAUAAUUGAUGAAAAUGAAGUUAAAGGUCUAUGUGGUCUUCAUGUUGAGUAUGAUACAGCUGAG